AUGAAGGGUCAAAAGCUUCAGAGGAAGCUGUCGCUGAAGAGUUCAAAGUUUCAGACGAGGCUGUCGCUGACGAGUUCAAAUAUGAAGAGUUCAGACGAGGCUGUUUCUGGAGUGUCCAAACCUGAAGAAGAGUUAAAAGUUUCAGAAGAGUCUGUCACUGACGAGUCCAAACCUGAAGAAGAAUUAAAAGCUUCAGGAGAGGCUGUCGCUGAAGAGUCCAAACCUGAAGAAGAGUUAAAAGCUUCAAAAGAGACUGUCACUAACGAGUCCAAACCCGAAGAAAUGUUAAACGCUUCAGAAGAGGCUGUCAAUUUCUUGACCUCCAUAGAGCCCGAGGAGCUGCAGAAGUGUGUGUUUUCAGAGUCUCUGUUGGUGAUGUCUGAUUGUGGCGGAGUCCUGGGGGAGUUCAGUGUGUCUGUGGAGUUAACACACAGAGCCCUGGAGCCCUGCGUGAUUCUGCAUGCUCGGAGCCACGGAGCUAUCGACGGCUCUCCCUGUGGAACAACGGUGACCGCUUACUUAACCGCUGACCUGGAGGUCUUGGAGGAAGACUACAAUGAGUAUGUCAAGCUCGACAGUUACAAUGUUGAGAAGAGGAGUCACAUGGUGCAACGUGACAAACAGAUGGUGAUCAACAAAUUCACUGCCAUGGGAGAGGACGUGACCGAGGAGGAGUGCGUGUCUUAUCCCAUGUCUGUCCUGCGCGGCCUGGUCACCGAGGGAUCCAGCAUGCUAUUGAUGCGUCUCAUGGCUCUGAGGAAGAAGGUUCCAGAGAACAUGGUCUUCAUCAUCUUGGACCAAAGUUUACGUAUAAAUCAGACCACUUUCAGUGAGCUGGACAUGAAGAAAAUACAGGUUCACCGUGAGACCGUAGAGGUGUUUGGGCUUGAGAGGAUGGUUGGUUCCGCUGAUGCCGACCAUUCCACAUGGCACUGCUACUUCCUUGAUAACGGGUGAGUUCACGAUGGUGAU